AAUAAACAGAGACACAGUGAGGAGCUGAACUCGGUGCAUCUCCUCUUGAACUCAUCUGUCCCAUCAUGGCUCUUUCAGGAUCUCAAUCACCAGAUGAUGCUCUGCACAGCUCUUGGGUGCAGCUGGAGGGUCAGAGAGAUGACACAGCGGGACCACAGGACACAACGACCUCCAUGCUGCAGGGGGAGUUAGAGAGAAUCCUGCUGGACGCUCAGCUGGAGUGUGAGAGUAGUCAAACGGACAGUCCUCCGCAGGUCGUGACCCCGAGAACAACUGGGUCACCUAAACCAGCCAGCGAGGGCGGCAGCAGCAGCACAGAUUGUGUUACUAUACAGUCGGAUGAGAGUGACAGAAGGGUGAGUGCUGAAUGGGUGUGGGAUUGGUCCAGUCGGCCAGAGAACCUGCCGCCCAAGGAGUUUGUGUUUCAUCACCCAAAGCAGUCUCUGAGCAUGAGGAAGAUGGAGUUGAUGAAGAGGGGCUUUUUUUCCUCAGAUGUGCUCCUCAUCCUCCUCCCCUCUCUGCUCGCCUCGCAUGUUCUUGCGUUGGGUCUGGGAAUAUACAUCGGCAAACGACUGGCCUCCUCCUCUACCAGCACGCUGUGACACAUGACCUUCGGCAGCUCACCGACUGGCUGAGAUUGCUGCCGCUAGCACUGUAGCUCAAUUACGCCUCUAUUCUCUUCCCGCAAUGGGGCAAAUGAGAGAGCAAAGCUCCUCUUGACACUGUCUGUACAUGUCCCGUCCCACCACAAAACAAGACAAGUCUGUCUCUCUACCUCCACACCUUUAAAGUGGUCAUAUCAUGAGGAAACAAAUCGUUCUUGAUCUUUUGAUCAAAAGGAGUGAGAGUCAUAUUUUGAAUAGUAAAAUGAGGGAAUGUUUAUCAAACAUUGUGAUGUUUCUGGCUGUGUGUAGCACCUGCACUCUGCAGCUCCUUCUGAACAAUCCCAACGUUGGAAACCAGUGGAAAAAAGAGGGUCAUGAAACACUAAAUAAUGACUGUUUUUGGCAAAAAGCACAAAACAAACAACCAGAAAAGUGGACCUCAGGAAAAAAAUUCAAUAAUGCAAGAUUGAAUGAUAUGACCCCUUUAACACAUUAAGGACUACAGAAUGUCCAGCAGGUUUGUUAUUGUAGUUGUUUCCAUUUUAUUCUCAAACUAUGUGUCCAAAAAGUAACAUGUUCAUUGUGUCCAGUGUAAUACAGUGAACUUGAAAGCCCUUUAAUGCACUGAGAUCUGGUGCAGACAGAGAGGCGCAAACCAUAGAUGAGAAGCUAAGAGGGCGAGCGAGCAAAAUAAAUAACGGGAAUAUUUUAACAAUAACAUCAAAUGCAAGUUUGAGUGGAAAUCGUUUAAUUUUGGAGAAGUUAUGACUGUAUCCUGUAUGUUUAGAGUGGAAAUGCAGAAGUGUAACUAUAAAAUGUCAAGUAACUGGAGCUAAUCUGGUCAGAAGUAUCUAAUUUCCAAUAUCUUGACCACAAUAAAUGUCACUGUUGUUUCCACCUACUGCCUGAUGUUGUUACUAAUGGCACUUUUCCACGUCACGUUACGGUUUGACUUGACUUGACUCGACUCGCUUUACUUUUCCGAGCUUGCUUUUCCACUGCUGUUUUGUGCCGCCUCAUUAUGGGUGGGAUUAUAGGCUGAUCAACAUAGUUGCGCCAUCUCUACUGCCGUGACAUCAUCUUAAACGCAACACAAAACAAUAAACAAUAAGCUGUUAGCUACUAGCUCAUUGUGCUGCAUAAAACAAUUGCUGCAUGGUGAUUAUACACAAGUGUACCUGAUCCCUGAAAGGGGUUGUAGGAACCUUGGGCACGUAGCCCGGUCGGGGUCUCAGGAUGACGUGAGAAUCUGCCGGAUGGAUCUCCAAGCAAGUGCCGCUGACAAAGAACUCUUGCAAGUCCCCAACCCUCUUGAUGGAAGUGAAUGCAAUCAGGAGCGCUGUCUUCAAGGAGAGGGUCUUUAGUUCGACUGACUCUAGCAGCUCAAACUGGGAGCUCUGGCUUGAGUGAUCGUGUCUACGACGGCUGGUGGUAGACUGGUUAGAUCUUCCAGAGGUCUGGGCACAGAUGCCAGCGGGUGUCCCGUCCCUGAGAAAGAAGAUCCUUCCUCAGAAUCUGCCAGGGUGGUGCUGUCGCGAGGAGCGUGAGAUCCGAGAGCCAAGUCAGAGUGGACCAGUAAGAAGGGGCCACGAGAGUGACUUGUUCCUCGUCCUCCCUGACCGUGCACAGGACUUGUGCAAGUAGGCUCACUGGGGGAAAUGCAUACUUGCGCAGCCCCCAGGGCAAGCUGUGUGCCAGUGCGUCUGUGCCGAGGGUGGCUUCCGUCAGAGUACCUGAGUGGAUUCUUGGAAGGAAAACAGAUCUACCUGUGCUCUGCCGAAUCAACCUCAAAUCAACUGGACCAAUUGAGGGUGGGGUCUCUACUCAACCUACACAACCUUUCUAUGGCUUUUAUGAAUAUUUUUAAUUUCAAUGUCUUUUCUAAGACUGGAAAUUAUACAUUUAAAAUUCCCUCAUAUCUACAGAUUUUCCAUUACCGUAUGAAUCCUCUAUUUACUAAGAAUCAUCAAACAUUUUGUAUUUUUUAUCUUAGCCCAUUGGCAAAUACUAUUUUCUUUUUUUUUUUUUUUUUUUGCAUAAACCACCCAUUAGAUUUCUCUGAACUAAUUCCAUUUUACAACUGUCAAUUAAAUAAACCUGUUUUGAUAUUUUU